AUGUGGCUAUUCCAUUGUCGUNNNNUCAGUGGCCGUGGAAUAGUGUGCUGCUCUGCCCUUGGUAACGGGCAGCAGCAGCAGCGCUCACGCUAA